AUGGGACGUCUAGACGGCAAAGUGGCUCUCGUCACUGGAGCCGGCAGCGGGUUCGGCGAGGCCAUUGCACACGCAUAUGCAGCAGAGGGGGCCAAAGUGCUGAUUGCAGACAUCGCCGUCGCCAACGGAGAGAAGGUGGCCUCUGAGAUCACCGCCAAACGUUACACAGGGGAAGCCAUCUUCGUCGAACUCAACGUCACCAAGCGUGAGGAUUGGGAAAAAGGCCUCGCUCUGGCCAAGGACAAAUUUGGGAAGCUGGACAUCGUGGUCAACAAUGCCGGCACUACCUACAAGAAGCAACCGAGCAUGGGCGUCUCCGAGGCAGACUUCGACAGGGUUGUAGCCGUCAAUAUCAAGAGCAUCUAUUUGUGUGUGUCAGUCCUGAUGCCGUACUUUGUCGAGAGGAAAAGCGGCGUCUUCUUGAGCACUUCGUCCAUUUCAGGCAUGCGGACUCGACCAGGGCAGGUCUUUUAUGGAGGUACCAAGGGAUUCGUCAACACGAUCACCCAAGGGCUGGCUGCCGAGUAUGGCCCAGAUGGAAUCCGCGUGAACUCGAUCUGUCCGCUGCGGGGUGCCACAGGCUUGUUGGAACUCUUUAGCGGUGUCCCAGAUACUCCUGAAGAAAGGGAGAGAUUUGCCCAGACGGUCCCGUUACGCCGCAUGUCGGAACCAAACGACAUCGCCAUGGCGGCAGUUUACCUGGCCAGUGACGAGGCGGCAUUCGUCACAGGUGUCAAUCUGCCGGUGGAUGGAGGGCGGCUGGCUCUGUGA